AUGGACACUCUGGAGUCAGAGUUGACCUGCCCAAUCUGCUUGGAGCUCUUCGAGGACCCACUGUUGCUCCCCUGCGCCCACAGCCUAUGUUUCGGCUGCGCUCACCGCAUCCUAGCCUCGCACUGCGCCACUCACGAACCGGUCCAAAGUAUCAGCGCUUUCCAGUGCCCUACGUGCAGAUAUGUUAUUUCCCUGAGCCCUGAGCGUGGACUGGAAGGACUCAAAAGAAACGUGACCUUGCAGAACAUCAUCGACAGAGUUCAGCGGGCCUCGUCUUCGGGCGGGCUUCCUCAAAGCGGGCCCAACUCGCCCGGGGAAGAAGACGGCGAGCGCUUGGCCCUGGUCCCCGUGAGCGCCGCCAUGUCGAGCCCGGACACCCCUCCGGAACCGGUCCAGUGCCAGUUCUGCGAGCAGGAGCCGCCGCAGGUGGCGGUCAAGACCUGCGUCACGUGCGAAGUGUCGUACUGCGAGGAAUGCCUCAGGGCUACUCACCCUAACAAGAAGCCGUUUACCGGACAUCGACUUAUUGAGCCGUUGCCGGGCUCGCACCUGCGAGGCUUGCAGUGCUUAGAGCACGAGGAGGAGAAGGUCAACAUGUACUGUGUGACUGACGACCAGCUUAUUUGCUCCCUCUGCAAACUAGUGGGGCGACACAGAGAUCACCAAGUGGCAGCGUUGAGCGAGCGCUUUGAAAAACUCAGGCAAGCCUUGGAUUCCAAUUUGAGUAAUCUGAUCAAGAGGAACAACGAGCUGGAGUCGCUCAUGGGGAAACUGAUUCAGACUUGUCAACAUGUGGAGGUGAAUGCAUCCCGGCAGGAGGGCAAGCUCUUGGACGAGUGUGACACUCUGAUCGACAUCAUCCAGCAGAGGAGACAGAUCAUUGGCAACAAGAUAAAGGAAGGGAAGGCGCAAAGGUUACGCAAACUGGCCCAGCAGAUCUCAAACUGCCAGCAGUGUAUCGAGAGGUCCUCUGUGCUAAUCAGCCAAGCCGACCAGACGCUGAAAGAGAGCGACCACGCGCGCUUUCUGCAGACUGCUAAAAGCAUCAACGAGAGGGUUUCCAUGGCAACCGCGUCCACCCAAGUGCUGAUUCCUGAGAUACACCUGACCGACACGUUUGACAACUUUGCCCUGGAUUUCACCAGAGAGAAGAAACUGCUGGAAAAUCUGGAUUACCUCACUGCUCCGUCUGCUCCUUGCAUUAGAGAAGAAUUGUGCACAGCGUCAUACGAUACCAUCUCAGUACACUGGACAUCUGAGGACGAAUUCAGCGUAGUGUCGUACGAACUCCAAUAUGCCAUCUUCACCGGACAGGCUAACAUUGCCAGUCUGUGCAAUUCCUUGGAGAGUUGGAUGAUUGUGCCCAACAUCAAACAGAACCACUACACUGUGCACGGCCUGCAGAGUGGCACAAAGUACAUCUUUGUUGUCAAGGCGAUUAACCAAGCGGGGAGUCGAAGCAGCGAACCGGGGACUUUGAAGACUAACAGCCAGCCCUUCAAGCUGGACCCCAAAUCUGCACACAAGAAGCUGAAAAUUUCACACGACAACCUGACGGUGGAACGUGACGAGAGCACUUCGAAAAAAGGCCACAGCCAGGAGCGCUUCUCCGGCCAGAACAGCUACGGCGUGGUGGGGAACGUUUAUAUCGACAGCGGGCGACACUACUGGGAGGCCAUGAUUGGGGGAAGUACAUGGUACGCCGUAGGAAUAGCAUACAAGUCGGCGCCGAAACACGAGUGGAUCGGCAAGAACUCUGCUUCGUGGGUGCUCUGUCGCUGCAACAACUCCUGGGUGGUCCGCCAUAACAGCAAAGAGCUGGCCAUCGAUCCUUCGCCACAUCUGCGCAGAGUGGGCAUCCUGCUGGACUACGACGCCGGCUACUUGACCUUCUACGACGCCGUGGGCUCACAGCACCUGCACACCUUCCACGUUUCCUUCGCCCAACCCGUGUGCCCCGUGUUCAACGUGUGGAACAAAUGUCUGACAAUCCUCUCGGGCCUCCCUAUCCCUGACCACCUGGAGGGACUCGAAGCUCAAGAAUAA